AGCUUCAGGUAACACACAGUCCCCCUCACACACACACACACACUCGUACAGAGCUCCGCACUGUUUACCUGGAACGUUUCCCUCUUUGUGCUGCUGCUGGACUUAAGUGCAAAAGUGACUUUUAUCAUUCAGAAGAGACUUUUCUUUCACUUGAAGAGUUUGGACUGAGAAACUGAGAGUGAGUUAUAAUUAAAAUGAUAUAUUUCUUCUCUUAGAUAUGAAUGUUUCCAUCUGUCCCAGAUAGCCUGGCAGCGUCUCAGGUGUUUUCCCUGUGCUGGGGUGCUGCUGAGCCGUCCGAUGACAACACCUGAACAGCCUUGGUGAGAACGAGACUCCCUAACCCUAACGAUGCCGGUGGUGAAAGUAGAGAAAGUGUCUUCCUCUGAUCUCCCCCAGCCGGCCCCCGGCCCCCCCGCGGAGGAGACGACCCGCGGCCGGCGGAGGAAGCGCCCUCUCCAGCGGGGGAAACCCCCCUACAGCUAUAUCGCCCUCAUCUCCAUGGCGAUCGCAAACUCGCCCGACCACAAGCUCACCCUGGGCUCCAUCUACAAGUUCAUCACGGAGCGCUUCCCGUUCUACAGAGACAACUCCAAGAAGUGGCAGAACUCCAUCAGGCACAACCUGACUCUGAACGACUGCUUCAUCAAGAUCCCGCGUGAGCCGGGCCGGCCGGGGAAGGGGAACUACUGGGCGCUGGACCCCAACGCGGAGGACAUGUUUGAGAGCGGCAGCUUCCUGCGCCGCAGGAAGAGGUUCAAGCGCUGCGACUUCACCACCUACACCACGUACCUCCACGACGCCCCCGUGUUCUCGCCCGUGCCGGUGUCACGGGCGUACGCCAGCUCGGUGUACCCUGCCAACAUGGCGGGGCUGAGCCCGGGGCUGAGCCCCGCUCCGUACGGCCAGCAGCUGCCCUCGGCCUACUACCCGUCCCCCUCGCCGCCUGGCUACAGCCCGGGACAGCCACACCCCCGCAUGUUCAGCAUCAACACCCUCAUCGGCCACCCCACAUCCUCCAGCGGCCUGGGAAGCCAGGGCCCGGAGUUGAUGCAGCAGCCCGGGCGGAGCUUCAGUCCGGAGGGGACGCCCGCCGGGCCGAGCCCCUGCAGCCUGGGAGCCCCGGCCUUCCAGCCCCAGUCCUGCGGAGGGGCCAUGCUGUCCCGGUCCUCGGCCCACGUAGGGUUCACCUACCCUGGGCAGAACGGACACCACCACCACCCCCCCCACCCUCACCACCACCAGGGCCCCUACCCUCAGGGACAGGGAUACGGGGGGCAGGGCCGGCACCCCUCCACCCCUGGGUCUGGAGACUCGGGGGACCUGUACGGGCGGGCCUCCCCGGCCCAGCUGGGAUCGUUCCCCCAGUACACCGGGGGCCCGGGCCCCCUCACCAGCAGCGGCACCUACCUACGGCACCCCGCAUACUCAGGGAACAUGGACAGGUUUGUGUCCGCCAUGUAAAACUGGACAUAGUUUAUCUAAUGACUGAGUUGAUUGACCGUUCUUUUUAGUGAUUAAUUUUCGACAACUGGACAAAAAGUAUGUCGACGUGGAGAUCUGCAGUUACCCUGGGCAACGAGAUAGACUUCUGGAGGAGAGACUGUUCAAAUGUGUUUUGUGUUGUCGUGGAAUUUGUAGCGUUUACUUGUUUUUACGCUUGUUGACGAAUUAAACAGGGUUGAAACGGUCAUCGGUAUUGCACUAACCCUACCACGGCAUGAAUACAGCGAGUGAUAACUGACAGGAUAAGGCAUAAGGCGUGUUUUCACAACCACACAAGUCCGUACAAGAAAAUCUGUCAACGUGUUUGAAGUGAACCAUAAUAUAAUUCAUAAUACUGCUUUUCAAAUGCACAGUUGAUAUUCUAAUGUUAAAGGUUAAAAGCAUUUUGAGAUUUAAAUGAAAAUAUAAAGACUCAAGAUCGUUCUGUUGCUAUAGCUUCUUGAGUGGAACUGUUGUUAUUUUACAUAGUUAAGUUGCAAUUUCAAUGGAUUUAUAUAAUUUGCUGUAAAUUAUUGUGUAAAAUGCUUUGAAUAGAAUUGAUAAAAAUGAUUUUUGUGGA